AUUACAGUGGGCUCGUAGGUCAGUUAUCAGAUGUUCGUUGACGAGACAAACAUGGACAUGAAGCUCAUUUUUACUGUUUUUUAGCUUUUAGACCAAAAUGGAUAGCGUUAGGUACCUAUCCUACCACCAGUGGAGGGGAAGGAAGCAGGACGGGGAUAAAACGACGACAUAUCAUUUGAAAUUGUCGAGUAACGUUGAGACUUUGGAGUCGAAUGUGUCGUUCAUUGAUAAACUGAUCACCGGGUAUUUAGACGCAAUGAAAGCCUUUUGCGAUGCUGGUUCACAGCUAGCAGAUGCCUUCUCAGCCGUCUUAAAGCAGACCCCAUUGCUUGAAAUCACACAGCAACUGAAGCAAGUCGUUGAAGAGAUCGAUCAUGUUGCGCACAAGUCAAGCGUUCAUGUCACAAACCACAUUCUCGCGACUUUGUGUGAUUUCACAUCUACAUUUCCUAGUUUGAGAAGAGCUAUUGAAGCACACAAAAGAAACGCUCAGAAUUAUGAAUCCUGUCUUGAAAAUCUGGAGAUUCUAGAAAAAGAUGAGAGUGAAGUCGACUCUAAAAGAUUGAAAAUCGCCAAAAAGCGUUUCAGAUCAGCGGACGAAGAGCUUUCAAGCGAAGAGGAAAAACUCUACCGGAGUUUCUCUGAAGUUGAAGAAAACAGAGUGAAGAUGCUUGGUGCCUGCUUCCUAUCGUUACUACAAGUCCAGUCGCAGUUCUUGAUGUCUUCAGCUGAGCUGAUGUCACCUCUGGGUGCAUUUGAGGAAAUCGGUGACUACCUGCGGGACAGAGAAGUCACCCUAGCCCUCAAGGAUGCAACAUCAACAUGGCUGUCACUUGCACAGGCCAACCAGGGACUACGACAUGGAGAAGCGUUAUCUCGACAAGAUGUCCAGAGCUUAUUAUCUAAUGGACUACAGGAAAGUGAGAAGAAACAGCUGGUCAAAAGGGUGGAUAACCUAUUAAAGCACUACAAAAGAGAGUUUGAAAGAGCCCCAACACCAGAAGCAGACAUCCCAGCGGGAUUCCACAGGAAUCCCAGAGCCAUUGAGCUGGCUCUCAAGGGCUGUUCAAGUGAUGUGGAGGGACUCGCGGCUGGUGGAUUCCAUGAAGUCGCAACUCCAGAGCUGAUGGAGCUUGCAGUGCUUAAACAGAUCCCGACGUUACUUCUUAGAAUAGGUGCAGUUGUUCAUGAAACCUGCCCUUCUCCAAGCAAAGCUAAUGAUAACUUCAAGUCAAAGAUGUUUUGCAUCCGGGAUCUGGUUACCACAGUAGCGACUCAUAAUGACAUUCCUCUCAACAAAGAAAACCUGGACAUGUUUGUGCUGUCCGUCCUGUAUGAGGCAUGCUCUCCUGCCUGCAGUACCGCAGCCAAGACUGCUGUGCAGUUGCUUUUUGGCAAAGCAAACUUGGUUAAAGUUCGUCCUGGGAGAGAUAACGCCAUUAGAGUAGCUCAUGUCUAUGCCAAGGGGACGUUUGUACACGUUGAGGUGUCAACAACAUGGGAGAUAACAGCGGACAACACUCUGUUCUCGAGUAUAUCCAAUGAUAUUGACCUUCAGCAGGAACUGGGGACAGUAGAUGCUGUGUACACAGCAAAAUUCAGCUUGAUGGAUUUCCUUGAAGACAAAGAUCGCCCACUCCCCUCCAUCCUUAUCAAGCGCUGUAAUCAAUCUUCUUCACCCUUGACACCCACCAAGAGCUCCGUCUCCCCUUCCCACAAGCACAACAGAUUCCGCAAAUCCCUCACCAAGGCAACGUCCAAGAUUUUCUCGCGCAAGUCAGGCCAGUCCAAGGGAUCAAACAUGGCCAUACCACAGUCCCCGGACCACAGCUCCUCCACCCACAGUGCUGGCACUGGGAGUGGAUCACCAAGGAAUGAAGGUUUUCGGAUAUCUGUAAUAACAACAAGUACUGACACUAGCAACAGUCGAGAUGCAGAGAUGGAUGAACCUUCACCCCUACCCCCACCACGCCCUAAACACUGGGCCCGUAAAAUCCAAAAGGCCAACAGUGCUGUUACAAUGACUCUGGACGAGAAUGAGCCUGCGGAACAGAGUGAAAGGUCUGAUGGCGAUAGCACUGACUGGUAUCACUCGGACUCCAAGUUUCCUCUACCCAUGUUUAAACCAACACUCUCAGCAGAUUCUCAAAGCCAGCUUUCCUUGGCAUCUCAGCAAGAGCUAGACGAAGUGAUCAAGUUCUUAUCCGGCACACCGCUAAAACCCAGAAUGGUGUAUCAAGACACCAGUAGCUGUAUGACGCCAACCGACAGCGGCCUGGGCAGCACCCUUAGCUUCCCUAUCAGCACCCAGUCAAGUAGCAAAGACUCCACCCCGCUCUCUCCACAGGUGGAGAGCACCCACCCUUCUCCCCCCGUGAAAACCAAGAAAAGAGCUGGAGGUAACGGGGGUGCUAAAGACACGCAGAAAGUGGCAGAACCUGCUCCUGAGAAUGAAGAUUUUCCAAAAGAUGACGAGAUAUUGAAGAGUAAGGAAGAAUCAGCAAAUUGGAAGGAUUGUCAGAAAGCAGGGGAGGAAUUUGGGAAUAAGAAUGGCAAGUCAACUGAGAACGAAACUGUCGGUACAGGCAAUGAUCCCCAAGCACAAUCAGAGCAGAACCAAAUCCAGGAGACGUCUGAUGAUAUUGGUACAGAAAACAGUAUUGAAGCAAAUACUAAGGCAGUACAGGAGAAAGGGUGUGGUCUUGAUGGGGGACCAGUGAAAGUGACCUUAAGUCCAGCUACAGAUCAGGAGGAGUUUGAAUCCAGAGUUACCAUCAGCGAGAGCUUGAGGACGGUGUGGGAAAAGGCAGGUCCUAAACCAAAACCAAAGUCCCGAAGCCUGGACAGUAGCCGUCCCCGAGAACUUUAUGGGUCACAGGAGACGCUUUACCACAGCUGUUGGUCUCUUGCGGAGGAAGACAGCAUUCAAGCUGGUCAGGAUGAGGAUGCAGCCAAGAGCCCGAGUGAGGGCCAGUUACCCAGUGAGGGAGCGGUGAAAGCAGAAGUGGUGGAUUUGGGCUUAAAGUGGUCCCCUGGAUUCAGUCACCAGGUUUGGAGUAGCAGUCCAGACAUGCUGGCAGACAUGGACUGUGUGCCUCCGCACUGGUGCCGCUCAGACGAGACGCUAGACCGUGCUGCUGGUGGAGGCAAAAACGUCUUCUCCUUGGGACUUGGUAUCACGGGCCCGGAGCUGAUCGCUGCAGCACACAAGGCAGGUCGAGGGGACUUGAUAAAUGAUAGGGGUCUUCGAGUUCCUGGCGUCACCAAGACUUGGAGUUCAGAAGACCUUAGAGAAAAGAGUCCGUGUGAUCCGUGGCCUCAAAAAUGCUCGUCUCCUCCACCACUCCAAUGGAACAAGUCCAGCUCUCUGUCCGAAAACACCGUCCACAAACCGGACUACCCCCGACGAGACCUCCCUGCACAGCACUACAGCGACCCCUUCCUACCCUCCGAGCCCUGGUGGAGUCAGGCGGGACCAAACUACCCCCUACCCUCCCACACACGGUACCAGCAGCAGCUUCAGCGCCAGUACGCAAUGGAUUACAACUACCACCACGGCGCAGUCCCCCGUGGGUACCCUCCCAUGGGGCAAUCUGCCUUCCGUCCCGUCCAACCGUCCUACCCCAAACCGACCCGCCAAGCUCACCUGCAGGUUCCUCCACAUUACCAAGUAUCCUCCGGGAACCACCAUGCUUCAAACCCAAGGUUCUAGAAGCCUCGAUGGCAAUAGCCUUGUAAUGGGAACCUAUCAUUCCAGUCAACUCCCACUAACGGACACUCUAAAGCAGACAGCUUCACGAGAGAGCUGACUGAAAGUUGGCUGUAUUUUGUAAGAGUUGACGGUAUUUUGUCUCGUUCGAUUUUAAUAUUUCUUGCUUCUUUCGUUUUUUUGUCGGUCUUUGUUUUGCUUCUUUUAUGUUCUUUUUAUUGUUAUUAUUAUUAUUAUUUUUUGCCCCAUGGCAAUUUCAAUCCCCUUCCCUUUUAGACUUGUUAGUUUUUUUUAUUAAAGAUUAAUAUCUUUUAUACUCCACAGAAGUUGGAUAUACCUCUUUUUCUCCUUAAAUUCAGGCUUUUAUCAAGUACUUUUUUGUGUUAUUUUUUGUUAGUGUGACCGCUGGCGAUCACGUUACCAAAACAUCUCGUUGAACGAGAAAUGCACCCUCUAUAGCAAAUGCUAUUUUGUUCAGCCGUGUUCUGAAUUUUCGUCUUUGAUGCUGUUUUUUACUUAAAGUUUGGCUGCUAUAUUCUGAACAAAGCAACUUUUCCACUCCCACUCUUAGAUAAAGAAACAUUACAUUAAGGUGCUUUGUGUUAACAAUUUCACGUGUUAUUGUGUUUUGAAGUGUGUAAAAUUUAUUGUUAAAGUCAAGGGUAACGUUUUUCUGUUCUCCGAUUGCUUUUAUUUUUCUUUCGUUUUGUUCUUUUACUAAAGUCUAAAAACUAUUUAACUACAUUAAUAGUUGUCUGAGCGAAAGGUAAAAAGUUUAAACAACCCUGCAUUAGCUUUCUGACGAAGAAACCCUUUUCUACUCAAUAAACUGAUUGAAAUUACAGAAACUCAAAGAUAAAGUAGCCGAUCAUUCAAGCAACCUUUUACCUCAUUAAGAGUUAAAAUAUUAUGUACAUCGAAAGAGAAACAGGGAUAGCACAUCUAAAGCCUGAUGUUUAUAUAUUUUAUUUUAGUUGGGACACCUAACCUUCGACCACGCCCCUUAACCCUCAUGUUAACGAUAUUGAAUAUCUGUUCUAUUGACUUUUUGCCUAUCGGUCAGACAAAUUUGGAGAGGCUAACUAGAUCGUUUUAUUGAAAAAAAAAAUCAGGGAUUUCUGCUAUGAGCUUGGUGUGCUUUUAGAUUGCGUAAAAUAUAAGAUAGUGAAAUCAUUAGCUUUUAGUGACUACUUCAUGGUCAGUGCGCUUAUGCUGUUGUAAUGUGAUGUAAUAAAGGAAAGCAUUGGA